CGCUGAUCGACAUGCGGUUAGAGGCGGAAGGCGACGAUCAAGCCCCAUCUGAUGGCUGAUGAUGCGUCAUACCUCACGGAGGCUCAACAACACUGACGAUGGCCACAUGUGGAAUCAUCAGGCUGAAAGUAAGCAAUCGGAAAUCUGCCCUGCCGAGGCACACAUACACCUGACCAUCAUAACUUUCUGGAAGAUGCAAUCGACUCAUCGUUACUUGUGGAGGCGUUUAGCACACGAAGCC